AUGGCCGUGCUGCUGACCUGCCAGGAGCCACCAACAGCUCUGGGUGGCUGCAUGGCCAUGCUGCUGACCUGCCACGAGCCACCAGCAGCCCUGAGUGCCUUCAUGGCCAUGCUGAUGGUGUGCCAGGAGCCACCAACAACUCUGAGCACCUUCAUGGCCAUGCUGAUGGUGUGCCAGGAGCCACCACCAACUCUGAGCACCUUCAUGGCCAUGAUGAUGGUGUGCCAGGAGCCACCGACAGCCCAGACUUGCUGCGUGGCCGUGCUGAUGGUCUGCCAGGGGCCGGCUUUAUCCGCGGCUUUGUCUCCCCUUCCCGUGGGAGAGCAGGACCGAAUUCCGAGCUGGGGGGAUUUGGAAGUCAUCUACCCCGAGGUGGGCGACGUGAGCUGCUCCUACAUCCCCAAGUGCCACGGCUACCGCCAGAAGCUGAGCGAGGAGUGGAGCAAGCCCCGCGUGCGCUACCCCUGGGCCAAGAAGAACAAGAAAUACGUCCUGGUGAUGGUGGACCCCGACUGUCCCAACAGAGCCAACCCCCGGCAACGCUUCUGGAGGCACUGGCUGGUCACUGACAUCCUGGGUUCGGAUCUGAGGGUUGGGAAGAUCAAAGGGAAGGUCCUGACAGAUUACGGGCGGCCCAAGCCCUCGCGCUACAGCGGCUACCACCGCUACCAGUUCCGCCUGUACCGGCAGCCGCAGCACCAGACCAUCUCCCUGAGCUCCGAUGAGCAGCAGUCGCUGGGCACCUGGGACCUGAAGGACUUCGUGGAGGAUUUUCACCUGGGCCACCCUGUGGCCUCGACCCAGUUCCUCACCAAACACUACAAGGAUUAACUCCAGCUAUCCCUUCCUUGCCCUGCACAUCCCCACACCACAGAGCCACCUCUGCCCGGAGCAGAGGGGACCCCAGGACCACUGAGGAUGAACCCACCCUGCUCCCAGCCCAGAGCCCCAGCCCUCCCCUCCCAAAACCAAGUUCUCUUUCCCUCUGGGGAUCAUGCCAGGAGGUGUCCCAGCUCACCUGGUUAUCCCAGAAAUUCUGGCAUCCCCCCUUCUCCCCCCUUCACCCCAUU